UUGCAGCUGCAGCUGCAGGCAGCGGCUGCGGCGGCGGCUGCAGGGAGGGCGGUGACGUCUCCGGCCGCGAUGCAGUAACGGGACUGACUGCUUCCGGAGAGCCGGGAGGAGGCGGCGGAGGCAGCGGCCUGGAGAGACACGUUCCUUCCCUUCCCUAGCUCGGGACGGACAUGUUCGCGUUGCGUCCCCCAGACGGGCCCCCCUUCCUGGGGGGGAAGCCCCCAGGAAACCCAGCCCGGCCCCUGCAACCGGACAACAACUCCAACUUCGUGGCCAGGGCCUACGACGCCAACGAGAACUGGAGCCCGGGAGAGGACGGCGCCCCGAGCCGGGAGGCGUCUCCCCCUUCCCACAACCGGGCAUUCCUGGGGAAGGGGUCGCCCCCCGGCCCCGCACUCGCCUUGCUCUCUCCACCUCCUGAGGGGGCGGUUCGGAGCCCCCCCGAGGGGGCCGAGGGGGGCAGGGCCGAGCCGGAGAAAGCCGGGGCCGGGCCUGGAUCAGCAGCCUCCCCCCUGGAAGACAUCGGUUACUCCAGCAGCUCCCUGAGCAUCGACAGCAGCCCGAGUCCAGACGGCGAGGUCCCAGGGGUCCUCGCCGGCCCGGGCCCGGAGUCCCCAGAGCCCGACCCCCUCCUCCCGACCCUGGCGGCGGCCGUCCAGCACCUGCAGGCCCGGGAGAGGUUCAAGGAGUGGGAGAAAGAGAAGCAUCACGUUCACCUGGUCAUGUACCGCCGGCUGGCCCUGCUUCAGUGGCUCCGCGGCCUGCAGCAGCGCCUGGUGGACCAGCAAGCCCGCCUGCAGGAGAGCUACGACACCAUCCUGGACAACCGCAAGGAGCUCAUCCGCCGCCUGCGGCAGGGGGCCGGCCCGCCGCAGCGCUCCGCUCAGGACAGCGGCUGAACUCCCCUCCCCGCCCCCACCCCCAUCCUCCGCUCCCCCAUCCCCUGGCUCUUGCUGCACGCAAGUCUCCCGCCGUCCCUUCCCUGAAUCCUCCCCCACCCUACCGUCUGACCGCCUACCAAAUCUUGGUUAUCCAGGGCCCGCUCAGCCCGUUGGAGCGGCAGCUGCCGCCUUUUGGUGUCUCCCCCACUUCGGGCCUUUCCCCUGCUCCCUGAUGCCUCCGAAAGGGUACAGGUGGAGAGGAAGGCCAGCCCCCUCCGUGGAGUUCCGAUUAAAGACUUCGUGGGGGAGGAGACGGAGAUUUGGGGAUUAUCGGUGGCUUCCCCGGGCACCUUUUCAUCCUCUCACCAUCAAUAAUCGAGAGGAGGGGGAACGGGGACUGCACGUGUUGCGGUUUCAGAGCCGGGGCUGGGCCGAGAGUGCGGGUAAGAGGGAGCCCCAGCCCUCAGCAGAGGCUGGGUUUCAAUUGUCCUGGGGAUUUGAAUUUACCCUUCAGGUGUCCCACCGAAACAGAUCCCUCUCCAAGUCGAGUUGCGUUAGAUGGGCUCAGAUUUCACCGCGCUUCCCCUCUGCCAGGUGAGCUACUCUGGGUCUACCAGCUCCCGCGAUGCGGGGAGGAGGGGACUGGCGGCGGAAAUUCAGAACGUGAUUUGGGAACAACGGCUUUGGCUAACCGGUUCAUCACCGUUUAGAACCUCGUUGAGGUGAAUCAGCAUGAUCCAUGCCCACCCUCCCUUUACCCACACCUCCUUCGUGUCCCUUUCCUCAUUUACUCCCUGAACGAGAUGCUACCAACAGUAAUUCCUGGCUCGCUGUUUCUGAGCAACCUAAACCCGAAUGGUGGGUCAGAUGCCCUAGUCGUCCGGUUUUAUAUCCAACACGGUCUAGUUUUCGGCUGGAUCAUCCCCAGCCCACAGAGGACCCAGCGCCGGACCCCUUUAAGGCAGGUAUUUUAAUUUUCUUUAAUAUCUUUCCUCCUUCAGAGGAUGCUGGGAAGGGAAAAGCCCUGGAAUUCUCUCCUCCCGGAGAAACACUCUAGGUUUAGGUGGACUCAGACUUUUGUAAACUGUUGGGUAUACUAUUAUGUUAUUCUGUGUGUCUGGUAUGACACGCAUGAUGUCAUGUGUGCCUCGAAGUCUGGGUUUUAAAGCUGCCAGCAGCCACCUUAAUGGCAGGUCUAUGGACUUUGGAUUCUAGUAAAACAAAAAAAACUAUAUCACUCUCAGAGUAGAAUUUUGAUCUGGAUAAUUGUUUGAUUGAAGCCUCUUCUCCACAGGGCUCAUGUGGACCCAGCCAUGAAGCUUCCCCUCAGACACAGAAUCCCUGGAUAAUCUAGCCUAAAGGUUAUAGAAAUGAAGGUCGUACCAGUUCAUUGGCUUUGCUUCUCCCUGCCUGAUUUCCUUUAGGCCCGUAGCCUGCUUUUCCUAGGCCCUGGACGAGUGCUAAUCUGCAGGGCUAGUUUAAGGAUUUAUUUUUAGACCUAAUGAAAACAGUGGCAAAAGAGACAUAGUCAUUGAAUAUUUUGCCAUCACCCCCAUGGAGCUAUUGAUCAUAAACUUCUAGAAUCAGGAGGAAUUUUGAGAUUAUCUGGGCCAGGGCCACUACUUCUGCCAUUCAGGGCAGAGGGGAAAUAUCUAUCAACCCCUGAAGUCAUCCUUCUCCAUAGCCCUGCUGUUGGUACAGUGCAAAGAGCCCGGAUCCUGGGUUCUAGCCUCGGAUUGUUGCCGAAUUGUACUUCCCAAGCGCUUAGUCCGGUGCUCUGCACAGAGUACGCACUCACUAAAUUAGAUUGAAUGAAUAAACGAUUUGCCUACCGCUGGCUUACAUAGGCAAAGAUCA